UUUUCAUUAAAUUCAUCUUUGCCGGUGGACAUCGAGGUCUCGUACAAUUGAACAAAGUUUGAGGAGAUGGAGUCAAACCAAAGUUGCGGCUCUUCUCAAGAUGGCGCCAGGUGCAUGUUUACCGACACAUCGGUCCCUGUAAAUGAGCUGAGAGACAAGAACCUCUUGUGUGACGCGGUGUUGAGGUUGGAGGAUGACGGCGUCUUUCGUGUCCACAGAGUGAUUCUAUCGAUGUGCAGCGCAUAUUUCUGGAACCUCUUCACGAUAACUGAUAAGACUGAUUUUGUCCUCUACGGAGUCAGCUCGAACAUGAUGAUCCAGAUACUGGAUUAUAUUUAUUUUCGGAAGAUCAACAUCCACUCCGACAACGUGCGUCAGCUGCUAAUGAUGGCUGAAUACUUGUGUAUGCCAGGUCUUUCUGAACUCUGCUGCAACUUUCUCAAGGACGAGAUAAACGCCGACAACUGUAUCGACAUCAUGAAUUUCGCAAGGUUACACUACUGCGCUGACCUCGAGACUCACGCUCGUCGCUUCAUUCUGAGCCACUUCGUGGAAAUGUCUGAGAAGAACAAAGAACUGCUGGAACUGUCUGCAGAGGAACUGCAAGCAAUAAUCGGGUCCGAUAAACUGAACAUGAAGGAAGAGAGAUUUGUGUGGGAGUGCAUUCUCCGGUGGGUCAACCACGACCAGGACAUCAGGAAAGGUUACAUCGCGGCCCUUUCGAAGGGCGUCAGGCUUGGACUAAUUGACAAAUAUUUCGUCCUUAAGAAGGUCAGUAUGCCCCUGAAAUCGUGGAUGUUUAUGGGAAGUGAAGCCCGCAUUUUCAAUUCAAUUUUCACUCGUGUUCUUAACUAAUUAAUGUAAAUCGUGAGCCUUUGUCUUCGUCACGUGUAGUAUCGUAGAAACUCACCGACGUUUCAUAGGUUCUUACUGAUUACUCAGGGCCUUGAAUACAACGCGCAAAAAAUGGCUGAGAGGUAGGGGGUAGAGUGAAAGCAGGGAGGGCGAUGUUGCGGUCAAGCUGAAUUGUUAAAUCAGAGGGCAAUCGACUAAGUAAUGCUAAUCAGACGUAAGCUGUAACUGCGUUAAUAAGAAGCUCUUACAGUAAGUUACUUUAAUCAGUGUUAAUCUCUUGGGCAGGAAGAUUCUGGCCUUCAGCACAUCAGCAUUGCCAUAAUCAUCGGCUUUCAUCAAAGAGUUAGGCCAGUUUUAGGUUUAACGACGCCUAUCCAUCACAUGUUCCCAUUUUUGAUUGAAGUUUAUUUAGAAAUGGCGUGUUUGACCAAGCAGUCUCCUGCCAUCCGUUGACGGAGUGAGUAAGCAGCUCCAAAAAGAAAACAGAAAACAGCUUUCCUCAUACUCGACUGUUCACGAGCCAGAAAUCAAACAAAAAUUAAUUUCAUUCAUGUUCGUCUGUUUUCGUCUAGCAGAAAAUCA